GUUCCGUUGCGAAGCUCAGUUUGAUGUAUAAUGGGAUAGUAUGGCCAAUUGGUCUGCUGAACCUAUCGCGCUAGUUCUUUCUCAUCCCAAUGACUGAUUCAAGAUGGGUUCUAGUACUAAGAAGAAGAAGGAAAAGAAGAAGGACUUCCAGAAGCCCAAGCUAAAAGUAGGGAAGCCCAAGGCGAAACCUUCUAACUUCACGGAUACCAGUUUUAGAUCCAAAGCUAUCGUCUUGCAGCAGCAACUUACUGAGGAUGCACCGGAUCCAUCCGAACGAUUCAAGCAUACCCUCUCUCUGACGAGCUCUCGCUCGGAUACUCAACGUCGAGAUGCGUUAUCAUACCUCGCGAGUCAGCUCUCGACGAAUCCGCCGAUAAAUCCAGUAGGCACGUCGACAUUACUACAGAAGCUUCUUCCCAUAAUGUCCGACUCCUCCGGACCUGUGCGCGGCCAGCUGCUGAAGCUACUACGAACUCUUCCCGCCGAUGAAGUUCGCCCUCAUGUCGAGAAGAUCAUGCUCUAUAUCCGAGGUACCAUGACCAACAUCUCGCAGGAGGUCAAGGAUGAUGGCCUGAAUUAUAUGGAAUGGCUACUUGAUGUUGCCGGCGAGGACGUUGUCUCAGGUGCUGGUUGUUGGGUUAAACCGCUUAGAGACUUCAUGUCGGUUCUAGGAUGGGCUGUUAAAUCCGUACCAGCCACAGCAUCGAAGAGCGGUUGGACUUCUGCUCCGAGGACGACUUUUGGUGCCAAAAAAUAUGGCCAGUCUUUCCCACGACAGAUGUUGGUGUUGUCUAAGUUUCUGGACAUGGGGUUCAAGCCUGGAAUGGCCACCUCCUGGACCCCGAACGAUUGGGUCAGCAAUAUAUGCUGCGUGCCGCAGACACCAGACCCACUGGGGUAUCUCGGCUUAUUUAAGCCCCCUAGAGAUGAGGAUAGCGAGCUCUAUCGAAACCGAGAAGAUAGACAAGAUAUCUUCCAGAAGAGAUUUAGAGCAGCUGUUGAGGCUGGUGUAGAUAUGGCUAAGAAGGAAGGUGGGACGGCUGGUAGAGCUGCGGCAACACUAGAUCAAGUGUUGAAGAAUGGUAUGGGUGACUACGAACAGACCUCACGAUUCAACGAUGACGAGCAUCUAUGGGAUGGUUAUAUCAUGUAAAUUAGGGAUUUAGGCGCUCUGAGGCAUACCUUUAAAUUUCCAACCUGUGCUGAAUGCAA